AUGACGCAGAAGCGUGGAAAAUUUGAGGUUAACGGAGACACCGGUCGUCAUUAUGGAAAAUUUGAUUUGGACCGAGUUGGAUUUUUUGAUGAUAGUCCUAAUGGACCUUUCGACGUCUAUGUCCAAAAACGUCCAACCGCUCGAAGUGAUUUCAAAGGAAGGCAAUUACUCGCUGGCCCGGGCAAUGACCUAAUCGAAAAGGACUUGAAGAGGAUCUUCGACGGUGAAGCCAUACAACACGAGUCACGGGAGAAAAAAAAGUCCGAAAUUUCACGGGGUCGGCCGAUGCUUCCGCCGUCACCAACAAAAAUCCACUCAACCCCAAAUGAUUGGUACGGCUGCAUUGGACCGCCUCCGGAUUACUUUAGCCCCGAGGUCAGAGAAAUCGGUGAUAAGAAAAAGAGAGCUGGUGGUGGAGCCCCAAAUUGCAAGAUCAAACCUAACCCUUUAGGAGGUCCGGGAUAUCUCGACAUUUGCAUCAACCCUUAUCCCAAACAUUCCUCUGAGCCUUACAGCAUCGACCGCGAAUAUCCAAAAGGUGGGAGGCCCAGAGCACCAAAGUUCUUGGUAGCGAGUAGCCCGCUCGAGUAUUUUCCACCGAAUCCGUAUGUAGAAUUGGAGACAGGUCCGACAUACGUGCGACGUGCGGAAGAUGAUAAAUCUUCGAAAAUGAUUGGACCCGGUCGAUUCUACGUACCGUUCCCCAAAAAAUUGGCGAGCGAUAAAUUUGGCGGGUUUACUAAGUUUGAAUACACGAGUGAACCUUAUCACGAUAAAAAAAAAGACGUGAGAUCAUCCAAGGCAAGCGGUCUAAGAUUCGUCGGGGGUGGACCAACCACGCGGACGAAAUACACGAACAGCAUUAUUAAUCAAGUCACAGGGAUAUCUUGCAACGUCAAGAAUUUCAAGGAAUACCGCCAACGAGUUUAUUCACUACCAAACUAA